AUGGGCCAUUGGGAAGAGAACGGUCCGCUAGUGUAUUACCGCGACUUCGCCUACACCUCCACGCGCAAGACAAUCCUCCGCAUGGCCAACGGCGACAACAUCGGCGACGCUCCCGCCCAGACCUUUGCCGAGUACGUUCUCCCUCACGACGACCCUUUUCUUGAUUAUUCCUCCAUGCCCAGCUUUGCAGUUGCAGAGCCAGCGCCCAGGGGCCGACGGCCUCCGCUGGCGCAUCGCAUCAACUCGUCUCGUCUCUUGACCCAGGCGCAUGCUAAAGCUCUGCGCAAAAGGCUCCUCUCCGGCCCUGUCGUCGACGUCCUUGUUGGACCCUCAAAGCGGCGGUGGUCCCUGCAUCGUAACCUGCUGGCGCAUCACUCUGAGCACCUCGCGCGCGAGCUGCAGCAACAGCAGCACGAUGCCGUCGAUGGUGCCUCGCCGCCCAAAUCGCCUAGGACGCCGAAAAAGCCGACUGCGAUGACGAACGCAGUCGGCAAUGGCGAUAGCAGCGACAACCACCGGCUCGACCUCCCAGACGCCGACCCCGCCGGGUUCGCCCUCUUCGUAAAAUACCUAUAUCAGGGCAAAAUCGACGAUAUCUCGUUGCAGCCCGAUGCAGCUAAGAAAUACGACUACGCCGUCGCAUGCCACAAGCUGUACCUCCUCUGCGAGCGCUUCGACAUGCCUGUGCUCAAAAACAUGGCCAUUGAUCAAUACCGCAAAGGCCUGUUCACCUCGCGCCUGGUCCCUGACGCCGAGGAGAUUAACAACAUCUACCGUCAGAGCCCUGCAGGCUCCCCCUUUCGCCGUCUCAUGACGCAGAUAGCGGCGCGACAGAUCAUGGACCCGGACAGCGAGAAAGACGCGGAGAACUACCGGGCGUGUUUCGACGGCAACCCCGACUUCGCCGUCGACCUCGUCAACGCGAUCAAAUGGGGCAUCGGUGGCGGUGUGCUGUUUGACGACCCGACGGACGGCGACGAGUGCGCGUAUCAUGACCAUGACAACGGACCCAACUGCCAUGUCAGGGGGAAAGCUAGACAAGGUAAUUGA